GGUUGGAAAUUUCUAACUCCGCCGUUACAUAAAUAGGUCCUUUGGCCGCCGCCUUGCAUAUGGAAAGCACUUUAUCAUCAAUCAAACCAUCAACUCCACAUUUCUGAUGAAAACCCACCUUCUUUUUCACGUCACUCACUCACUCACUUUUUUCUUUUUCUAAACUAUUUAUCUUCUCUCUCUCUCUCUCUGCUUUAUCGCUUAGCUAUAAGUAUCACCUUCAGCUAAAACUUCGUUUACACGCGAAUCAUCCAAAGCCUACCUAUAUACUGCGUUCUUCUUUCUUCUUUCUUCUUCUUCUUCUUUGUUCUUGUUGUUUUAUUUUUAUUUAUUUUUAUUAUUUGUUGUUUGUUUUUUUGAUCUUGGGUCGAUCGUAAUGGGAGAUGACCAGUUUAAGCUCCCUCCUGGAUUUCGAUUUGACCCGACGGACGAAGAGCUUGUAGUUCAUUUCCUUCAACGUAAGGCAGCUCUCUUACCUUUCCAUCCCGACGUCAUUCCCGAUCUCCAUCUCUACCCAUAUGAUCCAUGGGAACUAGAUGGUAAGGCUCUACGUGAGGGAAAUAAGUGGUACUUCUACAGCAGGAGGACGCAGAAUCGGGUUACAAGCAAUGGGUAUUGGAAGGCAUUAGGCGUUGAGGAACCAGUGAUCACAAGAAGCUCUUGUAAUUCUACGCACAAAGUUGGGAUGAAAAGAUACUUGGCUUUUUACGUCGGAGAAGCUCCAAAUUCAGGCAUCAAAACUAAUUGGAUAAUGCAUGAAUAUCGUCUCUCUCCACUCUCAGCAGGAGAUGGAGCUUCUUCUUCUUCUUCUUCUUCCACCACAACAAGAUCAUCCAAAAGAAGAGGGCAUCUCAAAACAGUUAAUAAUGAAUUUAGUGAAUACGUUCUAUGUCGAGUCUACGAGCGUGAUGAAGAUGACGACGACGACGAUGAUGGGACAGUGCUUUCAUGCUUGGACGAGGUGUUCUUAUCUUUGGAUGACCUUGAUGAAAUAAGUUUGCCAAUUUAAUUAGCAUGGAGAGAGAGAGAGAGAGAGAGAGAGAGAGAGAGCUAAGUGCUCCCUUGUUAUGAAUUAGCUUUAUCCCAAUUGUACAAUUUCAUUACUGGAUUAAUGUUAUGAACAAAUUCAAGUGGAUUUCACUUAUAUGUGUACUCUAA